AUGGGAAUCAGUUCUCAUAUCGACAUAGUAAAUGCUCUGGACUGUCCGUCCGACUAUACUGGUGGACCUAAUGAUUUAUGCUAUAAGGUUUAUAGCAAUCACUCCAGUUAUCUUGACGCUUCCGCUCAAUGUCUUAACGAUGGUGGUCGAUUGGCUUCUAUUCACAAUGCUUUCACUAAUGGUCUAAUCCAAGAUUUGGCCGAAAAAUCUGGCACUUUGAUUUGGUUAGGAUUGAGAUGUCCGGAUGCAGACCCGAAUAAUUGCAGAUGGGAUGAUGGCAUGGGCGCCCCAGCCCCCUACAAUGCUUUUUAUCCUGGUAACCCUAGUGGAAUUGGCAAAUGCGUUCUGAUGAUGAUCGGUGGAUCAGCUGAUGGAAAAUGGAUCACAGGAGAUUGUGAUUAUAUGCAGAUUGGAUUUGCUUGUCAGAUGAAUGCAAAAGGUCCGUUUACUGCUGCUAAUUAUCUGCUUAUUUAG